GUACGCCUAUUUCUCUUCUUCAAAUAAGUCUCCCAAUGAUAAACUAACAUGAGAUUGAGUUUUGAAAAAGCACACAGUUUUCCAAAUUGUCCUGAAUUAUGGCGUUGCUUCAGCUUCAUCAUCAACCUCAACCACUCCCAUUUAUUGAAGGCGUCUUCGCUCAGUACCCAUCUCUAUCUCCACUACUUCACAGACGAAGGAACCUCAGCUUCCGAGCACAAGCCCUCCCUUCAAGAACCCAAAGGAUAAUGGAGUCUCUUCCAGUAAGUGGGGAAGUUGGUGGUGCAGGUGGGUCAUACUCGUAUAAUUCUUUGAAGAGGUUGGACCAAUUGUGGUCUUCUCUUUGCUCUGCUCCAAAAGUUGUUCAAGAGCCACAAGAAGUGGUUACGAGGCGUUCAGGUUUGUUUAGCAAUUCUGAUCUGGCUGAAAAGGCAGUGGAGUGUUUUGAUGUGGUAGUAUGUGGAGGUACUUUGGGAAUCUUCAUUGCCACAGCAUUGAGUUGCAAAGGCCUUCGAGUUGGCAUUGUGGAAAGGAAUAUAUUAAAAGGGAGGGAACAAGAAUGGAAUAUAUCGAGGAAAGAACUCUUGGAACUUGUAGAAGUUGGCAUUCUAUCAGAAGAUGACAUUGAACAAGCAACAUCUGCAACAUUUAAUCCUAACAGAUGUGGAUUUGAGGGAAAGGGUGAAAUUUGGGUUGAAGAUGUUCUUAAUCUUGGUGUCUCGCCCGUGAAGCUUAUAGAGAUUAUGAAGAAACGUUUCAAUUCCUUUGGUGGAGUCAUCUUGGAAGGUUACAGCGUGUCUAGCAUAUGUGUAUAUGAGGAUGCAGCUGUCUUGCAACUAGCUGGGGGGAACAUUUUGUCAUCACGUCUCAUUAUUGAUGCAAUGGGGAACUUUUCUCCUGUGGUAAAGCAGAUAAGAGGCGGAAGGAAACCAGAUGGUGUUUGCCUUGUUGUUGGUUCUUGUUGUCGUGGUUUCAAGGAGAACUCUACAAGUGAUGUCAUAUUUAGUAGUUCCACCGUGAAGACAGUUGGAGAGUCAAAAGUACAAUAUUUUUGGGAGGCAUUCCCUGCUGGGUCUGGUACCCUGGAUCGAACUACUUAUAUGUUCACUUAUGUUGAUCCUCAACCAGGAUGCCCAAAAUUGGAAGAAUUACUAGAAGAUUACUGGGAUCUGAUGCCAAAUUAUCAGGAUGUCUCUCUUGAUGAUCUGGAGAUAUUGAGAGUUAUCUAUGGUAUUUUUCCUACUUAUCGUGACAGUCCAGUGCCAGCAGCUUUUGAUCGUAUUCUACAGUUUGGCGAUGCAAGUGGCAUACAGUCGCCAGUUUCGUUUGGUGGUUUUGGCAGCUUGACCAGGCACCUCGGCAGAUUAUCGACUGGGAUAUACGAAGCAAUCUGUGGCAACUUUCUGGAUGCUGACAACUUAUCCCUGCUGAAUCCAUACAUGCCCAACUUAAGCGCAUCCUGGUUGUUUCAAAGAGCGAUGUCAGCAAAGAAGCAAUCUAAUGUUUCACCAGAUUUCAUCAGUGAGCUUCUUUGUGCAAAUUUCCUGAGUAUGCAGCGGCUAGGGGAUCCGGUGCUACGGCCAUUUCUUCAGGAUGUAAUACAGUUUGGGCCUCUUGUCAAGACAUUAGGAUUAGUUAUGCUAACUAAACCUCAAAUUAUACCAUCAAUAUUCAAGCAGGUUGGUGUUUCUGUGCUUCUUGACUGGUCUGGACAUUUUGUGAUGUUGGGUUACUACACAUUUCUUUCAACCUUCAUUGAUCCUGCAAUUAGGCCAUUGAUAAAUUCAUUUCCAGACAAGAUGAGGUACAAAUGGAAGCGGCAACUUGAGGCUUGGGAAUACGGCGCCGGUCUGGACUUCAGCUUAAACCCUUCUAAACUAACUGAGACAGACAGAAAUUGGAAGGGUAGGAAACCCUUGACACAGAGUGAUAGUCUUUGAUGACCUUGCGAAUCCUUCAUGGCAACAAUUUCAAAUAUAAACUAUUCUAUAUAACUUAGCUUGAAGAUGGUUCUUAAAUGACUUUUAACUUACAAGCUUCUGUAAAUUGAAACAUUUGAAUCUCAAGCAUAUGGUUACAAUUUUUUUCUGUUUAUGAAUUACGCUAUAAACAGUUUGAUGGGCAUAUUGUGGUGUAAAGAAAUUAUUUCAAAUAUAUACAUCAACGAACACAGUCUAAAUGGAGCUCUUUUUGUGUGUAA